AACUGAAGGGUGGUUCUUCUUUGUGCUCUUAUCCACUCUAUCCCAAUAUGAAAGGACCAUAGUAGCAACCGCUUUUUCUGCACGUUUUGCUCAAAGCAAUGGCUGAAGCUGUUAUGGGUUUCACCCUUUUCAAAUCACAUAAUCUUGGCUCAUCUCUACAAACAAGGAGGUUUCAAAUGAACCAUUCUUCAAGACUGCAUUCAAACUCUACCCUUUUUUCCAACAGACCGUGGCAGAAGGCGUCAGAGGGACAGAGCAAAAGGGCAUCUUUGUGUAAAGUGAAUGGCUUACCAGAUUGGCCACUUAUGGCAGUUAUAGUUGAACACAUGGAAGGACAGAGAGAUUUGAUCACUACUAAAACAGUUUCCCAUCUUAGUGAUCAAGCAAUAAAGAAUGUUUACACUUGGUACAUAAUGUUCACCGUUUGGGGAGGCUUAUUCUUUGGUUCAAUGAAGGAUCCAUAUUACGACUCAGAAGCAUAUAGGGGAGAUGGAGGAGAUGGUACCGGCAACUGGAUCUAUGAGAAGCAAGAAAUGAUGGAAGCAGAAGCCAGGGAAGCUCUAUGGAGGGAAGAGUUGAUUGAGGAGAUAGAAGAAAAGGUUGAAGGGUUGAGAGAACUUGAAGAAGGUGCCAAGAAAGAGGAACUAGUCAAGUGAUUCAUGCAUGCAUACUUUUGCUUCCACCCAUUCUCCCUUAUUGUAUAUAUAAAUUAUGAUUAACUUCUUAUGCUUCAAAUGCAAUGCUAAAUCACAAUAUAAAUCAAUGUGUGGAUUUUAUUCCUAUUAUUAUUGUUUAA